ACCUAUGUUUUGCCGGAAGCAAUCACUUAUCGUACAUGAUGCAUGCUUGCUCAGGCAGCAAUAGGUCAAUAGAGCAGCCACCUUUAAAACGAUAUCCGUCAGACCGGGCAUACACACGAAGUCUCUUUCGGUUUACCUCACCCAACAAAGACGGUUUCAACUCGUGCGAACGGAAUGGUGGAGGAGGUCUACGCGAAAACCCUUUCCACAUUUCCGUUCCAUGCUAAACGGCGGUCAUGCUGCUGCUGCUGCUGUUCAGUUGAACGGACGUUCGUAAUAAAAGAAGCAGCAGGUGGGACACUCCUUAAUUUCGAAGCACGAUAUCGUGCGUCCGUCGUAAUGGCAAGGUCGAGACACUCCCUGCCGACGAUGACGAUGAGCUUAGCGGAACAUCCGUUUGCACCUACACACGCGAGACGGGUGUAACGCGAACGCGGAAGCUCGGACUGGAAAAAGGAUAAUCAUCCCGCACCGUAGCAAUGUACACCAGUGGUCUUUUCCACAGUUCGUAGGAUUCCUCUGCCCGAAACGCACCGCUAGUUGUCCGAGUGUGUGACACCAUUUGAACAGGUUUUUUGCGACAGAGAAAAAAUCUUCCGGUCCGUUUGCGGUAUGUUUGAAUCGGAAAUGAGUGUCGAGCAUAAGGCCGAAGCAUUCCUAGAAACGGAGACGAGUUUUGGGAUGCGCGUGUGGCAUCUGCUGUUUCUCUGCUGCGGUUCCGUGCUCGGUGUCAUCAUCAUGUUGUGCUGCUGCAUCCGUUUUCGAAUACCGCGUACCAAGCAGGACAUCGAGGCCGAUUAUCAACGCAAAAAGCUGACGCGCAAGUUUCGCGAGCGCCUCGACUGCAUGAACAACGCGGAUAUCGACGAGCUGGAUCUGCUGCGAGCGCUUGAGCGCGUACGGGAAGAUUAUAAAGCGGAGCAGACCGAAAAGGUUCCCAGCAGCAAAGAGGUGAUCGAUAAUAAGGAUAACCAGGCAAUCGUUACCGUGUGCGAUAAGGUUUGAAGCGUGGAACGCUUGUUUAAUUCGUGUUUCGUGUUGCAAAGCAGCAUUACAUUCAAGUUGACUUUCCUACUCAGUUAAAAUGAUUUUAAUGAAAAAUAAA